AUGACAUACAGUAUUGGUUUACAGCAUUGUGUUUUACAGUAUUUGACAUUGAUCCGUUUUCGUUGCCUGGCACAGUACAGUACCAAGGGUAAACUUUACAGUGCUACUGUCCGUACCGGUGCGGCCGCCGCGACGACGUCUUUUAGCCCGUAUAUAAACAGCCAAGAACCGAUCACCAUCAUCCUCCUUUGUUGCGAAAUGUACAUGUUGCACAGACCUUUGCAUCAAAUGUCAAAUGGAGAUAUUCCGCUCGAAGCUUUCGUGAUCAGACGCAGUGCGAAAUUGAGAGGAAUGUCACUGCAUGUGGCUUGAACAAGACAUGGCUUUCACACCAGUGUUGUCGAUUGCACACGGCUGAAAUGUAUCUCCUGAACAUUCAUCAGAUCUGAAACGUAAGAAACUUCUCCCUCAAAAUGUGCGCCUUCUGCUAUCGUCCCUGGCUGUGAAGAAACAUCUUGAUCACUCCACUCUUACUGAACCGAAGGUUCGAUGGUGAGACCCAUAGAUAUAUACUUCGUUGUCUUUCUGAAUUGCCACGGUUGCAAGCCACACAUCAUUUGACCUACAGGCGCUUUGACCUACAGGCGCUUUUGUUAGUCGCAUCUUUGCUAACAUUGAUUGUGUCUACUAUCCUUCCUUCUUACUGACGAAGGCCUCGCGGUAGGACAUCGCCGUAGCUGUGGGCGAUUGUUGCAUAGCAGAACCUUAAAAGGUUGAAGAAUCUCACUCGUGUCUCGUGCAGAUCAGGAGUACGGACGGGGCGUUAUUCUGGUUGAGGUACCCAUGUCUGUAGCGAUGGGAGUCUGCGGCAGCAGAGGCGCAUCUUCUGGGAGGAGACUUCCCACUGUGGUCUUUCUCUUGGGUGUUCUGAUCACGCCGGUAACCAUAGGGUGAUUGAAGAAGUAGCUCUUCGUGUCCGGGGCAAUCGUUUCUCGAAGAGACCCGCGUGUCAUCAAGCGCUGUUGUGGCACACAAAUUAUGCAUGUAGUCUACAACCUCCGUACCCUCUGGGAGUAAUUUACUAACGCAGUUUUCGGGCUUGGCCCGUGCAGUCCUGCCGCACAAGUAACCGUUUGGACCUAACCCGAGAAGGUUAACAACGCCCGCGUCGACGCUUUCAAGUUCAAGUGCAAGUUCGUAGCUAAGCUUCUGCCCUGGUGGCACUCUGCUCUGGUGGCAUCGCAUCACGGCCAUCAGCUACAUCCUUGAUUGCCUCUUGCCGAGCGCACUGCUUGUAGUGUCUCCCACAAUUAAAACAGGUCGCGACAUUUGUUCU